AUGUGCUGUACCAGGCCGCCCCAUGUUUCAGUCGCUACGAUAUUUGAAAUAUCGCGACACAUGUAUAUUUGUAAUGUACUACUCAUAAGGUUGCUGGGUUCCAGACGUGGAUUUAUGCCAACCCGAUCUAGAAGCAGUUGUCAGUGCCCUCUGUUCAUCGAAUCAAACAUUUUGAUGAGGUCGCCGUUCAUUACUUUUCUGCUAGAUUUGUCUUGCGGCAUAAACUAUGUCAGUCGAACUUCGACCAACCCACGUUAUUUUGAGAAGAUUAGGGUCAAAGCUGCUCUAUAUUUUGUUGUUGAAAACUCAUCGACAGCCCAUGACCAGUUUCACCCUUCUUGGGGCUCAUCAGGUAGGCGCAGUCCUCGAGUUUCCGUCAACCUUAUGCUCUACCUGAAACCGAAUUGCACGAAAUUGGGGAAAUACACUCAUUUGCGAUGCUGUCUUUCGGGGGAAACACCAGAAAGCCUUCAAAAAUCUGGUGUUCAGAUAGCCUCUGAUGAAAACCUUGUCAAUUUAGAGCAUGAAGAAAGCAUUUUUUCGUCUUCGAAUAUGUGGAGCAGACGAUGGUGUCCUUGGAUGAACUGGCCAAAGUCAUCCCGUCCUUUGGUAUGCACUUUGAACCCACAAAGUGGAGGAGCACUCGAAGUUGUAGAGUGUUUUACCUGCCUUGGAAUUUGCAUUCAUUCUAAUUGUCGUGUGACGGAUGAGGUUAAUGCUCGAAUCUGCAAGGCCGGAUCACGUUUGGGUUGGCGUCGGCGAAUCCGUAACGAUGGAAUUAGGAAGCCAUGUAUUGCAUAUGCCGAACCACCGUUGGCCGAAGAGCGUGCUGUUUUCCGUGCGUGGCUAACCCUUGGCUUGCCAGAGGGGCAUGAGGGAUAUUACGAAACGUUUGGGUGA